AUGAAGGGGAGGGCAGUGACUCCGCACCACGCCGCCACCUGCCCCUUUGCCAGCCGCUCCCUCUCCCCCCGCCAGGCUCCUCCCCGCCCGCGGCCGCCGCUCCGUGACUUUCCCGGCGCGGCUGGCUCGGGGCAGCGCAACGGGCGCAAUCCCGGCUCCAGGGGAGCAGCAGCAGCAGCAGCGGGGCAAACUCCACAGCUAGCCCGGCCCGGCUGGAACAGGAGCGCGGCGGGCGCCCCUGGGCUCGGGAAUCCCGCCCCACCGCGGGUUAGAGCAACGGGGGAGAGUUCUGGUUAUCCCAAGUUUUUCAAACACUUGAGCUGUCUCAGCACUGUUGACAAAGCUAAGAUGGCUGUAAACUCAGAGCUACCACCAUACUAUGAAAAUCAUGGUUAUCAGCCAGAAAACGUCUAUAUUUCCAGACAGCCUGUGGAUGCUAACGUGUAUCCACAGUUCCCUCCUCCAUAUUAUCCUCCGUCAGUGCCACAUUAUGUCCCAAGAGUUCCUGUUCAUCAGUCAGCUCCCCCAGUAGUACAGCCAAAGCCUCCAUCAGCGAAAAUGUGCACAUCAGAAGUUAAGAAAGCUCUAUGCAUCAUUUUAUCUGUUGCAAUAAUACUAUCGGGUGCCAUAACUGCAGCUAUCCUUAUCUGGUAUUUUGUGGCCAAUAGCUGUCUUGGCUCAUCAAUAGAGUGUGGAUCUUCAGGAACAUGUGUCUCACCAUCUCAGUGGUGCGAUGGAGUGGCCCACUGUUCCAAUGGUGAAGAUGAAAACCGAUGUGUUAGACUCUAUGGACCAAAUUUUAUCCUAGAGGUCUAUUCAUCUAUCAGCAAAUCCUGGUAUCCAGUAUGCAAAGAUGACUGGAAUGAGAACUAUGGAAAGAUAGCUUGUAAAGACAUGGGAUACAAUGUAAAUACUUAUUACUCUAGUCAAGGAAUAACACCUGAAAGAGGUUUUACAAGCUUUAUGAGGUUGAAUACAAGUGCUGGGAACAUAGACCUAUACAAAAAACUGUAUAACAGUGACUCGUGUGUGUCUGGAGCAGUGGUAUCUCUGCGUUGCACAAAGUGUGGCUUAUCCCGUAAAAGUGCGAAUCCUGCGGGCAGAAUUGUGGGUGGCAGUGCUGCAGUGCUGAGAGACUGGCCGUGGCAGGUCAGCCUUCAAGUCCAAGGCUCCCAUGUAUGUGGAGGCUCCAUUAUCACCCCUGAAUGGAUAGUGACAGCUGCUCACUGUGUAGAAGGACAGUUUUCUUCUCCAUACUACUGGAGAGUGUAUGCUGGGAUUCUGAAGCAAACGGAAACGCUCUACGGAAGUGGAUCCAGAGUGGAGAAAAUAAUUUCCCACCCAAAUUAUGAUUCAGAUACUAAAGAUAAUGACGUUGCCCUGAUGAAGUUACAGACACCACUGACUAUUACUGACACUGUAGCACCUGUUUGUUUGCCUAACCCUGGAAUGAUGUUCCAACCUGAUCAACAGUGCUGGAUAUCUGGAUGGGGAGCAGAAUACCAAGGGGGUAAAACUUCAGAUGUCUUGAAUGCCGUAAUGGUGCCUUUAAUAGAACGUUCUAUAUGUAAUUCUGCCAAAUUCUAUAAUGGCUUAGUUUUGCCUACCAUGAUAUGUGCUGGGUAUCUGGAAGGAGGAAAGGAUUCCUGCCAGGGUGACAGUGGAGGUCCGUUAGUAACUGAGAAAAACUCCGUGUGGUGGCUAGUUGGUGACACAAGCUGGGGAACUGGCUGUGCCAGUCGCAGAAGACCUGGAGUUUAUGGAAAUAUGACUGUGUUCACCGACUGGAUUUACAGAAAUAUGCAGGCAAAUAGAUGA